GAAUUGGAGCGGGUGAGGGGAGCUAGGACCGGGGAGGAGAGAUCCGCGGGCAGCGGCCCCCCAAAUCCCUGCCCGGGAAAAGCACCGGGGGAGGCAGCUGGAAAGGAAAGUGGAGAUUCCUGGAGUGAUUCCAGUGUGAGAGACUUGCCAUCCAGUAUCCUUUGCUCUGCAGUGCUGCUCCCAGGCCCCCAAGCCCUUCCCCAUGCCCCCACCGAGCAUCGGGCGUCCAACGCAAUGUGUGUUUGUCAAACCAUGGAAGUGGGGAAGUGCAUCAAGAACACAGUGUGCGACAGGGGCCGGGGGGUCCUGCUGGAGCCAUUUAUCCAUCAAGUUGGGGGGCACAGCAGUAUGAUGCGCUAUGAUGACCACACUGUGUGUAAACCCCUCAUCUCCAGGGAGCAGCGUUUUUAUGAGUCUUUGCCACCAGAAAUGAAAGAAUUCACCCCAGAAUACAAAGGAGUGGUGUCUGUCUGUUUUGAAGGAGACAGUGAUGGUUACAUCAACCUAGUAGCAUAUCCCUUUGUGGAGAGUGAAGCUGUGGACCAGGAAGAAGCUUUUGAGAGGGAGCAUCCAAGACGCAAACACUCCCGUAGAGGCUUGCACCGCACAAGUAGCACUGCAAGCAGUUCUGACCAUAAGGAAGAAUGGCCACAGCUAACCAGUGAAAACACAGAGAGUGUACCGGAGAUGAAGAGUCCGAAGUUGGAGCUACUCAUGCAGUCAGAUGUUCCUUUUCAGAUGCUGGACGGCAACAGUGAAAUAAGUUCAGAGAGAAUAAGCUACAACCCUUGGAGCUUGCGAUGCCACAAGCAGCAACUGAACCGCAUGCGCUCAGAGUCCAAGGAGCGAAAAUUAUAUAAGUUCCUUCUGCUGGAAAAUGUGGUCCACCACUUUGAGAUUCCUUGUGUUUUGGAUCUUAAAAUGGGCACACGACAACAUGGAGAUGAUGCCUCAGAGGAGAAGGCAGCCCGGCAGAUGAAGAAAUGCGAACAGAGCACAUCAGCCACCCUUGGUGUGAGAGUAUGUGGCAUGCAGGUCUUUCAUGUGGACACAGGACACUACCUGUGCUUAAACAAGUACUAUGGGAGAGGACUGAGCACAGAAGGUUUCCGGCAGGCCCUGUUCCAAUAUCUUCACAACGGGGUUCGCCUGCGGGUUGAUCUUUUUGAACCCAUCCUUAGCAAGCUCAGGCGCCUUAAAUGUGUUCUGGAAAGCCAAGCCUCUUACCGCUUUUAUUCUAGCUCCCUUCUCAUUAUUUAUGAUGGGAGAGACUAUCCGACAGCCAUUGUAGCUGAUCCAUUGGCCAAGGAACACGCACUCAAAGUAGAUGUACGCAUGAUUGACUUUGCCCACAGCACCUAUAAGGGCUUCCGUGAUGACCCCACAGUGCAUGAUGGGCCAGACAAAGGGUAUGUUUUGGGCUUGCGCAGUCUUAUCAAUAUCUUGGAGCAUAUUCGAGAUGAGAGCCAAUAAUCGCUAUAUAGGAAGCAAAUGACCUGGUCCUGCUUAGCCAUUUCACCUGAUUGUGUGCGUCACACAGAUACAAGGAGGUAACUGCACUCAUGCGCUGCAUGCAGUUUUUGCCUUGUAUAAACCAAAUUAUGCUGAUAUCCAUUUUAUUCUCUAUGUGAACUUUUUUUCUGAUUAUGAGCUUUUUUGGUCUGCUAAAAAUGGGAAUUGUUGCCCUAAUGCUUGCCAAGGUAUGCAAAGAACUGUUCCAGCAUAGGCAUUUGUCGCAUAAGAAAUGUGGAGCACGUGAGAUACGGUUCCCCGGAUUCUGGGGGCGAGGAUUGUAUACGAAUACCUGUAAACCUGCUUCUCUAUGAAAUUCAAAAAUAUACCUGUUUUUACACCGAAAACUGUCAUUUCUCAGGCCUUUUGUUCUUGCCAUGCUUGGGGCUGGACAGUAGCGACUUCCCCAAGAGAACCGUCCUUUUGGCUGAGAACAAAGAAAUGCAAUGCAAUGAAAUUUGGACCUUUUUAGAGACCUUUUGGACUUGUGGCUUUUAACCACAUCAGUGUACAUAUUUAUAUAUUCCUAUAUAUAUUUAUAGGAAAUAUAUCAGAUUGAAUCUAUAUAGAGCUAUAUUAUUCAUGCUUAUCUGUGUGUCACACCAGUCUUCUCUCUUCCGGAGGGUUGAUGGGCUGAUAUUUUUUUAACGUUUAAACAAGUGUUUUUGUGACCUGGUUUACAUAACAAUGAGAGUGAAAUGUCCUUUCCCCAACAGAACCACAUCAAACUGAUUUAUAAACCUUUUGCAUACUGCAGGCUGGUGUGCUUCUGAACAAUAUCUCUUUAAGCUACUAUUAUAGUUAAGUAAUGUUGGUUAGCACCGAGCUAUCUUUGUGACAGGUGUGCAGGAUGCUCCUACAGACUCUAAAUGAUACCAGCUGCUAAAAGCCUAUAAUCACUAUAGAGCUGCUGUACACUAGCAAAACAUGGAGGUGCUGAUUCCAAUACCUUUUUGGUGGAAGAGAAAACAAACAUAAGAUUUGUAGGAAUUUCUGAGGAUCAGAUUAUAAUAAAUAAAAGGCUCUGUAUAUCCCAGUAAUAACCUGGAAAAUGCCCCCACCCCAUAUCCAUUGUUUGUCAUAUAAAAGUACCAUGUACUGCUUGCAUUAUUUGCCAAUAAUUAUACUACAAGCCAGAAAGACUAAGCUGCUACCAUGAACGUAGCAGAGCUCAAACUACUGGUACAUAAACAUGAGAAUUAUUCAGUUGUAUUUUCUUUGGGAUAUCUCGUGGAAGCCAGGGGCAUAUUAGGAACAUGUCACACCUGAAGAUCUGAUGCGCUUCAGGAUAAUUGCAGACAGGGCUACUGUUUGAGCACUCAAGUGCCAUGUGUUUUAGUAGCAUGAAAACACAGCACUAUCUGACACUGUAAUAGGCUUUACUGUAAAUUGUCUGACAGACAGACUCUUAAAGGGGACAUAUAUGCUAUGUAUAAUUUCAUGUAAAAGUUCUCCUCUUAGCACAUUGCACAUUUCUUAUGAUAUUUAGCAGCUUUGACAUCAAUAUUGGGACUGUUUAGCCAGUGCACCCCCAGCAUAACAGCAUCAUUUAAUGCUGGGGAAACACUUGCACUAUCCUGUAUGUUUCAUUUGCUCCUCUGAUUGGCACUCCCUUCUGAGUCCUAGAAAACAAAAUAAUUGACAAUAAAGGAGUAGUUCGUCUUAGAACAAUGGAACCCCUGGUGUUUUGACUUCUGUGGCGUCAGUAGGGAGACCUCGUCUAGUCAAAAUAGUCUAAAGCUUGGCCUUGCACUGAAAGAUCUGCUCUAGCCAACAAGUGAGUCUUUUCCCCACUAAACCCACUUUGAUGUGCUCCUCGCUCCGAUUGGAUUUUUAAACCUGCCCCCCGGUAGGCCUGUUGGAGGGCCCCAUACAUGGGCCAAAAAGCUGCUGACACCGAUGUGUAGGCCACCUUAAAUCUCCAGUUGUUGCUUCCUACUGAAAGAGAAAUGGCUGGUCAGGCAACUUGCCUGCAUGCGAUCACUAAAAACAGCAUUGCACCAUUCAGAUAAACAGUUUACUCACCCCAUUCGGAACUACUUACCCUUUCUUUAGCAAUGCAUAAUAAUACUUAUGAAUUGGUUAAAGGAGAAGGAGAGUUACAAUCACUAGGGGGCUGCCAAAAUGUUAUGCACCCCCCAGUGAUUGUAAUUGCUUACCUAAACCCCCUGGCUGAUGCUCCUGUUAGGAGAAAACUGCACUAGGUGGGUUGUAAGCAAGUGUGCGAUCUGCUUCUCCUUUGGUCUUCGCACGUGCAGUGGAGUGAAAAGCUGAACUGUAACAAAAAUCUGACUUUUGGCUCAACUGUGCAUGCGCGGGCCCAGGAUCUCUUGCCAGGGGUAUGAGGUAAGCAGUUAUAAUCCGAGGGGUACUUAACAUUUGGCACCACCCAGUGAUAUAACCUUUCCUUUCAACAUUAAAUCUUGUUCAAAUGAUUGUCUGCCUGUCCAUCUUUGGGCACUCAAGCUGCAGCAAACUGAUCCUGUGGUACCUUGGCUGUCAGUUUCAGGAUGGCAAUGGUUGCUAAUAUCUGGCGCCACAUGCUGCAAUUCUUUUCCUGAUAUCUCUACUGAAACCAAAGUAGGUAAACAGGCUUGUGCAUUAGUUUGUGGGAAGUAUGCAAUAUGCAGGCUCCUCUGUAGCAAAAGGGGCAGAAUCCAGUGUAACUAACCUGAGCAGGCAAUAUAUAUUUAUUAAACCCUUGCCUGCUAGUCAUGGUGGUACUGGGUAAUGGAAUCAUGCAAUGGCUUCUGAUGUUAUUGUGGGGGUAAAUGUUCUAAACAUGCACCCCUGAAACGGACUAACCCUGAUGUAUGAGUGUGCUUUUGUUUUAAUUGUAACCUGUGUUUCUUAGCCAACCAAAGUACGUGUUGGUAAUCAUUCUGCACAUGUCUGCUUAUUAUACCACUGUGGAUGAGAAUGAAAUUAUGCUUAGAAGCCUCGGCAAACAUGGCAGAGUAUGAUACUCCACUUGCUGCUGCAUUUCCAUGGUUUUACAAACACAUGCUGCCGCUACGUCAUGCUAAAAAGGGAUCAGCGGGUAAAGUUAACUGUCUGUAGCACGUCUGCCCUGGCAUUGGAACGAGCUGAAAGCAAGUCAUUUUGACUCCCAGGUUUUAUUUUGUUUCUCUCUCUGAUGGAGUAUUGUAGAUACUUAAUAGUUUGCUUCCAGUUCUCACUCUGCCUUAUUGCCCCUUUAAAAAUAGAGUAUUUUUUUAGAGCAGAAUUUUCAAUUGGUCUUACAUUUUUCUUUUUUUUUUUGCUGUCUCUUCAGUGUUUUUACAUGCUUGUUGGGCACUCUCAUCUUGUAGCUCAUCCCUGAAUUCUGUGUAUUGUCUUUCCCUCCUAGUACCUAACCCUGUGCCUUUAUGUUCAAUAGUAGCAACCAUCUUUGUGCAGGCCUUGUUGCUUACUUUAAGCCAAACUAGCGGACUUUGAUUAGUAGAUAAUAAAUGGCUAUUGCAAUUGGAUAAAGUAUGGAAGACACUGCUGGAGUAAGCACUGUGCUGCAGAUAUCUUGCACUGACAGCUCAUAUAUAUAAUGUAUAAGUAUAUCUCCCACUAUACUGCUGCUGAACCAUGUUACCAAGUGUGUUUAUGGAUUUGUUAAUGUUACUGUUUCAGUUUCUUUUUUAAUUAAACAUACUCAUGAAUUUG